GGAUUUAUUAGGAUUUUCUGUGUUUGACAUCCUUGUGUUUGCCUCAGCUCUUUCACAGAAGGCAGAGCAGUGAGAUGGCUUAUAUCAGCUUCCUCAUACUGACCUCCCUGUGUAUUGCGGGCCGAGAGGCCCUCAGCAUAUCUGACUGUGGAGCAUUCGCCAGACGACCCGGUGAGAUGGCUUUGACCUUCAAUCACUUGUAUUUAUUUUGGACAAGAGGGGUUGUAUUGAAUUUAGUUCAGACGUAGACCUUUUGGGAGAUGAUAUUGAUUUGACUUUACUUUAGAUAUUUGUUCAGCAGGAAUGAAAGAGUAUUAAUUGGUUAAUGUGUUUACAGAACAGACAUAGAGGAAUUAACUUUAAACUUUAGAGUCCUGACUGUAGUCCCUGUGCAAAUAUUUAGUGUUGUUUUGCAGAUGUAUCAUUUUUAAUACUCUGUAUGACAUUGCAUGGUUUUAUUUUAUAAUGUGAUAUAUAUUUAUCAUGCAAUUCUGCCAUUUAAAUGUGCAUCCUGAACUAGAUUUACAGUGGUAUAAUUCAAAGAAAAUCACAUAAUAAUCCUUUAAUAACAGUGCAAUUUUCUCACCAUCAGAAUACACUGAUAUCUCUGUGGUGUGCGGCACAUCUGCCAUUGACCUGGCCAUUCAAAUCUGUCCGGUUGUCUACACCGGAUACAACGCGAGCUUAUUGAUCCUCAAUCGUAUCAAGGACAAUGUGGACUGUCAGGGGACGCUGGACACGUCAGUGGCUCCUCCUGUGGUGAGAUUCAGCUUCCCCAUCAGAGAGGGGAACGCCUGUGGGAGCAACUUCUUGGUGAGUGUUACACCAAUUUCAUGUCCUGGAUUAAUGUCACGAGGCAGUGUGCUCCCUAGAAUUUGAUAACCUUGAAUAGUUAGAGCAGAUUAAGGGAUCUGACAGUGUAUGUGGUGUGGAGUCUUUAAAGAAAAAGUAAAAAAGAGGCUGAAAAAAAGGAGAAUUUGUUCCAAACAUGCAUGAGUCAUAACUUCAUGUAACAGACUUAUGCAAUCUAACCGGUGUGCUGUUUUCGAAAAGCCUCAGAAAGUUGCUCCAGUCUCUCUCACUGUGAUUUCGUCACUGCUGCCUGCUGUGCCAGAAACGUAGGCCAACGUUUAUUUUUAACUUUUUCUGAAGUAAUCAUGUUUCUCAUGUUUGAAUAAUUCCUCAGACCACAAGUGCACCGGGGACAGGAAUAUUCUCAGACUUCUCCAACAUUCAGUCGGUGAACGUCAGCGGGGUGAUCCGAUCCUUUGACCCCACUAUCGGGACCAUCACCUACAAUGCAGAGCUCAAGUAUUACUACUCCUGUGCUUACCCACUGGAGUAUCUCAUUAACAACACCCAGGUGGACGUGUAAGUUUGAAGAAUCUGGGUUACAAAACACAUUAAGACUUCUGAGAUUUCACCAGGUGUGAUCUCAUCCUUUUCUUCCUCCUAGGUCUUCUUCCUCCAUUGCGCUGAAGGACAACAAUGGGAGCUUCAUCAGCACCCUCAGCAUGGCCUUAUACAAGGUGCCACAUGACACCCCGAUUACAUAUUACCCAUGCUCUUAUUUCCGCCUGGCACAGACUCAGACUGUCACUCACAGGGAGAUUCAUCUUAUGUAAUAUUGUAUAUAUUUCUUUUCUUUUCUUCUCUGUCCCUGCCAGGAUGAAAACUACUCCAAGCCCCUUGUUGUUCCUCCUCUGGGCAUCGAACUGAGAACAAAUAUCUAUGUGCAGGUGGUGGCAUCCAAUCUGACAUCCCAGUAAGAACUGUAUACAUUACAUAGUAUCAUACCUGCAGCUGUAUGUCUGGCACAAACCUAGAUUUGUGUACAUCAAACUCCUGCAUAUGACACUUAAGGAAAGGUGUAAUGUUACUCAUGCAUUCAACAUAGAGGUCUUUUCACUUCACCUGUUUCCAUUUUUUUGUGCUUUACAUCUUUACUUCAAGACACGACAGCUAAGACAAUACUUACUGCUAAUAUGACUUUAUAUUUUAUUUAGCUACAAGAUCCAGAUGUCCAAAAUAUGAGGAUGAGAUGGAAUAACAACAGUCCUCUUUGAGGUGCCAAUCGAUUUAACAGCAAACAAAGACUGAGUACAGUUACUUUCAGUCCCAGUGGUAUCAUUAUUUUAAGUUGAACACAGACUGCAACAACAAAAUGCAGUUAAUUAUUCUUACAAUAAACAGAUUAAUUGCAGUUUUGACUUAAAUCAAACUUUUCAUCAUAGGAUGUCCUAUAUUUCUGCAAGUUAAAGUAAAGUCAAGGUUAAGAGCAGAGCCUGCCCGAGGCAUAAGUGAACUAAGCGCCUGAUUAGGGCCCCCAAGAGCAAUUUAAAAAAAUAAAAAAAUAAUUAAUUUUUUUUUUUUGCAUGUAUGAGUGAUGCUUUCUAUAUGAUCAAAUAUAUAUUAUUGUAAAAAAUAAAAUAAAGUAAAAAUAUUUCAGUGCUGCUGCAGAUGUAGGCCUAUGAUUCUUACUGCCGAUGACACUUUUACAGUUAACACAAUGCUUUAUCACUUGGAAUAUUGUGAAAAUCAAACCUAGUCUGCUCUUAUAGCUGAAUGAGUUACAUUUUGAGAUUAAAAACCAUCUGUGGCAGCCUGAACAUCAUUCAUCAGUCAUUAUUGGUAUGUUUUUAUGGCUGCAUUGGUAUCAUUUAUGUUAUGUUAUUACCCAGGCCACCCCCUUAAAUGUGUAAAGACAUGUCAGGCGCAUUAAAUCUAUACUGUAGAAGGUGUGUGAAUGAUCAACAAUCAAUAUUAUUGGCAGAAAUAGAGGGCCCCAAAAUCUAAUUUUGCUUAGGGCCCCAUUGAGGCUUGGUUUCAUGACUGGAAGCCUGAUAGACAUUUAUUCAGAAGUCUCUUGUCUCUCCUGGUCUACGACGUCACAACUGUGUCUUGAUCGACUGUAAAUUUGAGGAUUCCACCUGUGACCUGGAGUCUCUGACUCGGUGCUGGGGACCUCAUUUGUUCUCCACAGGUACUUUGUCCUCCUGGACCGGUGCUACGCCUCCACCAAUGCGCAACCCUCCAACUCCACCUUCUUCAACCUGUUUGUCUCGUAAGUCACACAAACACCUUCGUACAUGCAAACUAAUGUUACAAGUACCCUUUUUCCAGUCCGUCUAGGUCUAUCUAUGGGACAGUCAGCAUCUUUAUGUUUAAACCUUUACACAUAUCUACAGGUUUUCCUAAACUCAGUGCAGCACAGCUACGUCUAAGUCCAAAGGGAGCCCUAGCCUUAGUCCAGUCUCCCUGCCUUUCUAUCAUUAAUACACUGCCUGUAUGUAUCCGUGUGAUGUGCAAAUGGGGCACUUGUGAGGUUCGCCUUUUAUUGAAAGGUGCUCCAUAGAUCAGCUAACCACCAUGCUGGAGAACGGGGACAGCCAGAAGGCGCGUUUCUACUUCCCUGCGUUCCGCUUUAUCGAGCAGCAGAAUGAAACCAUCUCCACCUACUAUCUGCACUGCAUCACCCGGCUCUGUGAGCGCAGCACCUGCAGCACCUUCAAGGUAGGAAGGCGCCACAUGCAUAUCAAGCAGAGGUGUUUAAUUCUGCACAGAUCACCGACUUGUGCCUCUCCUCUGUACGAUUUGAUCCACAGCAAUGCAACAGGAAGAGGAGGAGUGUGGAGACCACAGUGGUCCAGGAGAGCAUCACUGAGCCGUCUGUGCUCACAGUGGCCAUAAGGGCCAAGACAGAAACCCGUACGUCACCUUUGAACCUUAUCAUAUCAUGAAAUCAGACAAAACACACACUUAAAAUACCUUUAGGUGGAUUGUAUUCAAGGGAUAAUCCGGCGUAAAAUUAAUUUAGGGUCAAACACACCAUAACACCAAGUUAGACACCCUCCUUGAGAGAUGAAUGUUGCUGACCACUUGCUUUUCUUGUUAAACCAACUUUAGUAACGACCGCACGAUAGCAAUACACAGCAGUCUAAGAAACCACACACAAACCUCAAUCAAAAAGCCACUCUAUAGCUACAAAUAAUGCUCAGAACAGCACCUAACUUCAUCAACAGUACAUAUAGGGUCCUAGCCAUAGUACUAACCACCAAACAUCCUUUUAACUCUGCCUGAUUACUUUAGCAAAGUGACUAAACACAACUCACCCACUCUCUUCCAGCAGCCGCUUGUUUGUACGUAGACCUAAGGUGAGUCCAUCAACUCCAGGGGGGUUAUGCAGCUCAAGGAAGAACAUUUAUGAUCAUUUCAAAUGCAAUCAGACCAAGACACUAAGGUAGAUGAACUACUGCGUCUGUGGUGCAAAAUGAUUAAUAUGGUGACUAUUACUUCGAGGAAAUGAUAAAGAAAUUAUCAUAAAUGUUCUUCCUUGAGCUGCGUCACCCCACUGUAGUCCAUAAUGGACUGGCCUGAGGUCUCUCUAGAAACAAGCGGCUGCUGGAAGAGAGUGGGUGAGUUGUGUUUAGUCUCUUUGCUAAAGAAAUUAGGCAAAGCUAAAAAGAUGUUUGGUGGCUAGUACUAUGGCUGGGACCCUAUAUGUACUGUUGAUGAAGUUAGGUGCUGUUCUGAGCAUUAUUUGUGGCUAUAGAGUGGCGUCUUAGUUGAGGUUUGUUUAUGGCUCCUCAGACUGCUGUGUAUUGCUAUCGUGCGCUUGUUACUUAAGUUGAUAUAACUAGAGAAGCAAGCGGUCAGCAACAUUUAUUUCUCGAGGGGGUGUCUAACUCGGUGUUAUGGUGUGUUUGACCUUAAAUUAAUUUUAUGCCGGAAUAUCCCUUUAAUGCUUCUCAAAGGUCCAUCUCUUUUUUGCUGAGAGUUAGAUAAGAUAAUCAAAACUAUUCUCAAGACGCUACAGCUAGCAGCCAGUCAGCAUAGUUUCAUAUGAAGAUUGAAAAUAGGGGGGAAAGAUGACGCACAUUACACAGUAAAUAUGCAGGUGCAUUACUCAUCAAAUCAAGUCAAGCAGCUGCAGCGAAAGCCAAGAGCUAUUUUGGUGCUUGUGUUGGUAUAAAAAUAAAAAUAUGUUGUUUUCUCCACUUAUUUUUAGUGGAUGAUCCAACUGAGAAGUCAGACAUUCAACAUUCAUUUUGUGCUAAUCCAGACUCGCUGCCCUCCAGAAACAAGUCUGAAAGUUUGUCAGUAUUAGUAGCAGCGAUCAGCCUGUAACAACGCACUCAAAGUUAGUUGGUGCAUAUAAGCAACACAAUAAGUCUACAGAUAGAGCUUGCACAGUUGAAUCUGUUUGAUAGAUUUUAUUGCACAAUACAAGACUGAGGUUUUCUCAAAGUAUUAUUAAAAGUGUAACAUGCUGUCUCAAACUUUGAUUUUACGGUGACAAAGUUUGCUGUGAUAAAAACAGCUUAGAUACAAAGACGAAUAAAGAAUUAGAGUAAUUUGCAGAAAAAAAAUGAUAGUAUUCAAACUUCUGAGUUCGAUAAUUUUAAUCUUAAAUUUUAAUGCAGCACCUUUUUAGUUGUUUUGUAUGUGUGUUGUCUGGUAUCAGAAAAACAAAUCGCACAGUUUUCAGCAUUAUUGUCCCCCUCUAUUUCCCUCUCUUUCUCUUCAUAUUGAUAAGCUUUUUGGUGAGUGUAUUGUUUCGGGAUAUAACUUCUCUAAAAUGACACUCUGGCUCUGUUUUUGUGCUUCUUGCAGCCAUUCUCUCCAAAGAAGAGGGUGAGUAUGUCACUUAUUUCCUUGACAGCUAUGCGAACAGCCAUACUUUUUAUACUAAUUAGGUUCUCCCAACAUGAAAAGAAUUAAUUAUCUGUAACAUGUCACAGUGUCUUCUGUUGUCUGCUGUAAUUAAGCGUCUCGUAAUGCUGUAACUCUCAUUUGUGCACAGCGCUGUCUGGUGGCCAGUCUGAGGGCAGGCGGGCGUCUGUUGGUCUGGGAAUUGCUGUGGCUGUCCUCAUUGUGAUAGGGGUGGCAGCCAUUUUGAUGGCGGCAUCUUUUUAUAGAAAACUGAAGCGGCUAAGCUAGCAUCAGCCCAAUAAAUGAUGAGGAGAGGUCAGCACAGGCUAACUGAUGUAAUGAGUUUGACAGGGUGACAUUCACAUACUGGUGGAGGUGCAUUAUGUAUGUAUGUAGGACUCCUGUGUACUGAAUCAAAUUAUUGAUUGGAGCACUUAAUGUUUCUUUCCAAUCCCUCAGGGACUGUUAGCUGUAUGGGAGGUGAUGUCUGAAUAAAGCACCUUUCAUAAUGGCAUGGUAAUAAGGAAGGAAAGAGAAGCAAAGAUGGGAUUAGACUCAUUUCACUGGGAUCGGAAGGAAAUAGUUUGACAUUUUUUAAAUAAAUGCAACUCUUUGUCUCUCUCCAGACACAUUGAGAGAAAAAGUCACACUAAAGAAAAAGCACUUUUUCCAUUUUAUUCUUUAUAUUUCACAAAUUAAACAACACGGGAAGCUUUAAAAAUGCUGGUUGGUGGCUUCUUCUGCAAGUAGAUUAGCUAAACUGGCUCAGCUUCAAUAAAAUAAUGGCAUCUACCAUGUCUUGUCAAAAUAGGAAUUAAUUAUAUUCCCCUUAAUAUCUAUCUUUUCUUUUAAUUAACAGACAAGAUAGAGAAAAAGACAGUGGAAAUCAAUUCAACUUCUUCCAUGUUUGUCUCAUAUUAAACUGGAUUUUACCAACCGUG